AGCUUGCUCAGAGCUUUCUCUCCUCCAUUGAAACAACUUCUCAGGCUACUGUUUAUAACACUGUAAAUUGUAAUGGUUAAACGAAACACUAAAAAAAGAGCUUCUCUCCCAAGUCCUGGGGCCGCCACCACUCCUGCCGUGGGUACGGGACGGGGCCGGUCUUACCGUUAUCGGCCAGGCACAGUUGCUCUCAGGGAAAUUCGCAAAAUUCAGAAAUCUGUUAACCUAUUGAUUCCUGCUGCGCCUUUUAUCCGAACGGUGAGAGAGAUUACUCACCAGUUCUCUCCUAAAAUUGGUCGUUGGCAAGCUGAAGCUCUGAUGGCCAUUCAAGAGGCUGCAGAGGCUUUCAUUGUUCGUUUGUUUGAAGAUGGGAUGCUUUGUGCCAUUCAUGCCAAACGAGUAACACUCAUGAAAAAGGAUUUUGAAUUGGCGCGAAGGAUUGGAGGGAGAGAAAGGGGCUGGUGACUGAUAUUUAUAGGCCAAACACUUGUAUUAGUUGUUGGUUUCACCUGUAUAUACUGCAGUAGACUGUAGUCCAAUGUAAUCAGAAUCACCAGAUGAAAACUGAGCAACUCAUGAUGUAGCAUCCUGACUUAGUGGCAAAUGCAGUUUGUGUUGUGUGGCUAAGAACAAUUGUUUGAUUUUACUGGUUAUUGGAAACCAGCAUCCUGAGAACAACUACUUUCAAAUCUUUUCUGUGUCAAAGCAUACUGACAGUCCGGUCAAGAGGAACUUACAGUCUUACAGAGAAGAGCGGGUUUCCAUUUGCUCGAAGAUUGCACUGAUGUGUCACUAUUGCGCCUUUGUUUGCCAUUAUAGCAUCUUACAGACAACCUUUUGUUGUCAACUAAUGCUGAAAUGUGAAGCACAUAAUGUUUGACUGGAGGGAAAUCUGUGAUUUUAAGUAGAUAGCCAGACCUGUUAGCAUUUCAAAUUCGUUUUGCCUUAGAACUCAUUUGCUUUUGAACUGCCUCUGUUUUAUAUUACGUGCAACAUUUACUAAAAAUAGAUGCUACACUUUAUUUGCAACAAAUGUUUUCUUUUCUUUUAUAGGUCGUUAUUUCUCCCUAUUUCUCUCCACAUCACAUGCUUUUUUAUAUUUCUUUCUCCAUUUACCACUCACAUACAAAUUUGUCUAGAAGUCUGAUGUUUUUGUUGCACAUAAAAUGUA